AUGUGUGCUUACUUUACUACGAGUCAGCGUGUCGGCACGACAGGGAAGCCAGGAAUGGAGGCUCUGGAUGAAAGCAGAAGUAUCUCCGACCAGCCUCAUGGCGAUCAAUGCAGCGAGGGUUUUCUGGUGGUCGCAGCCGCCAUGAGGAACACCAGGAUCAGACGGGAAUUGACCCACCUCUUCAACAAACUACCUGGUUAA